UUUUUUAACAUAUUUGUCUAACCUUCCAACUUGUUAGUAUAAACGUGGAGGUCACAUGCGUCGUGGUGUAGCUUCACAAAGAAGACCAGGCUCUUCCCCUUCCUCGUCCUCGUCCUCGUCCCCGUUCCUUUCCUCUUCCCCCGCCCUUUCAUCUAACUCUCAACCAGUACAUGCUGAUGGACACAUUGGCCCUUCCUCCGACCCUCAAAUGCGAACUGAAUUUACUUCAGUUCCAUCGCCUUCGGUUCCACCUUCUUCUUCAAUGCAACACUCGAAUGAUGAAGAAGAUAGUCAAUUCAUGAUAUCCUCAUUUGGAGAUUCAUUCACUGAUGCUACGUAUGUUGUGAGGAAACUUAAUAAAAUAAUCAAUAACUGUUGGAUGGGGCAGUAUAGUAGUUGGACCACCGCUCCAAAAGAAGUAAAGGAAUUGUGGUGGAAUGAGUUCAAGCGGAAGUUCCGGUGGGAUGAAGCGGAAGAGAAAGAAGUUAGAAGAAUUUUUAAGAAGAAAGCCGGUGAUCACAUGCGAAAUGUGAUGAAUAGAGCAAAGAGAAGUCAAGAAAAGCCGGAUUUUAUUACAGCUGAUAAUUGGGCGAAAAUUAAGAGAACUUGGGACACCGAAAAGCAUAAGCAAAUCAGUGAAAUAAAUAAGAAGAAUCGAGCUUCUAGUUCUAGUAAAGGGUCUGCCACAUAUGCUGGGGGCUCUAUCAACAUCGGGGAGCAUAGAAAAAGAAUUGUAAGUCUAUUAAACAUGUUGUAAGUU